AAUAUUUUCACUAGCCUCUGUCAAUUUAAUGAACAAUGGGCCACCAUACGAUUUAAAAUUAUCGAGAAAAAAUCACUGAAAAAAUUCGAAAAACGCACACGUUUCGAGCGUGUCAGCGGAUUGUCACGUAAAAGGUGUUACUGACAGCGCAUUGGCACAAAAAAAUGAGUAGAAAUAUAAAACCUUGGUUUUAUACAAUCAGAAAACACCCAAAGAAGUGCAUUUUUGCUACCGCUGUAGGCCUAUGGGGGGUGAAUUUUGCUGUUAAACAGUUUAGAGAUUAUUUGCAAAGAAGAGAGUUCUGUUUUAAAGGAAAGAAAUAUGGAGAUGAAAAAAUUUUGGCAAUAAAAAGGCCAAGAAGAUUGCUGCUGUUUCUUAACCCAGAGGCAAAUGAUGGGAAAGCAUUGAAAUCAUAUGAAAGAGAUGCUGCUCCUAUUUUACAUCUUGGAGGAGUAGAAAUUACCACAAUCAAGACUGAUUAUGAAGGUCAGUGUAAAGCACUCACUCAAUAUCUUGAUCCAAGUAUAGAUGGAAUUGUUAUUGCAGGUGGUGAUGGUACGUUCUUAGAGGUACUUACUGGUCUGUUAAGAAGAAAAGACCAGAAUGAAAUUUCUAAAAUUCCUAUUGGAAUCAUUCCUCUUGGUCAUGACAACCGCAGUUACAGAAGUAUUAUUAAUGAUUCUUCUGAUGGAAAUGUUGUGAAAAUAGCGAAGUCCGCCCUCAAUAUUUUGGACAACAAAACGAAGAAUGUAAGCGUGAUGGAAAUCACAACAACUGAAGGGAAACCAACCUAUGCAGUCAGUCAUAUUGAAUGGGGACCUUUACAAGAUGCAAAAGAAAAUAAAAGAUUUUGGUGGACAGGACCAUUGAAACGACGUUUACCAUACCUUCUAGCAACGUUAAAGAAAUGGCCGCCGUCAGUUUCAGCACAACUAUCAUACAUAUCAACAACACAAGAUCAUGAUACGACUUCAAAAUUCGACGGAGAGGCUCCAGAACUACUUCAUGCCACUACAUCAAAUCAUUCGAUUGAACUUAGAGAAACGGUAGAAGAAAAAACGUUGGAAAAAAGCAGCCAAGUUUCCUUAGUUGGAUUCUUUGUCAAUUUAUUCCAAGAUACGAAAGAAACAUUUUUGCAGACAUCAAUGUUUUCGUCAGAUUUGAAUAAACUUGACUUCAUAAAAUGCGGUUGGAGACGGGAACGUGAAGGAAUCCUCUCUAAUCAAGAAAUGAAAACAACUGAAACAACGGAAUUUUAUCUCAGGCCCAUGAAUGAUCAGACUUCCUGGUACACAAUUGAUGGUGAAAAAUUUGAGGCAAGACCAAUUCACGUAAAGAUUUUACCAAACAAAAUUAGAGUGUUUUGUCCUUCAACGUAGUCGGGUGUGACCAAAUGGGGAGAGAGUUAGCCACACAAGAGAGGCGAGGUGUAAUUAGAAGUUGCUGUUCAACCUUGCGACUUGUGUUUGCACAGCAAAGCCGCAAACUUUAUCACCGUUACUGUCAUUGGGUGCUCAGUAUGACCUUCGUCAACGUCAUCACUGUCCAAUGAUAUUCUCCAAUUUUGAUGUCGAAAAACGUUUCCCUGCCUUGCAAUUUGAAAGUACCUUUUGUGACCGCAUGCAUGCACAUGAUGUGAAAAAUGUUCAAUGUGUCCAAUCAAAUGUUGCGCUUUUUCAAGAGCUUUUUGUUUGUCAUAUAAUUAUUCAUCUUGUCCCUAUCCUUUUACUAAGUGUUUCCUAAGUAUCAUCAUUCAAUAUAUCGUACGUGUUCAUUAGUACAACACACAAUAAUCCAUUCUGGGGUGAACUACGUAAAAAUGAAAUAAUCACAGCAGGU